GAAAGACAGGGUGAGUCCAUUUCGGAGUUUGAUGAAGAACAAGAAGAAAUGAUAGAAGAAAGCCAGAGUGACGAUGAAAUGCAAGAAAUGAUUGGAGAUUUAUUUCAUAAUUCAACUGGCGUUGUUGCACCUGAUGCCACGUCGAGUCAGGAUAUUCUUGAGCAGGAACCAGAUGGACAUGCAAAACAAUUCUACAGUCUUUUAGGUGACUCCGAGAAACCUUUGUAUGAAGGCUCUAAAUGUUCAAAGUUAUCUGCUUUAGUGAAACUACUUCACAUAAAGAGCCUAAAUAGGUGGAGUAAUAAAUCAUUCUCAAUGUUGCUCCAGUUUUUGAAUGAGGAGCUAUUGCCAGGGGAAUCAACACUGCCUAAUUCGUAUGACGAGGCCAAAAAAUUAAUCCGAGACCUUGGCCUAUCAUAUGAAAAAAUUGAUUCGUGUCCAUUCUCUUGCAUGCUGUUUUGGAAAAAUGAAGAAGGUCUUGAUACGUGUCAGAGAUGUGGUGCUUCUAGAUGGAAACUUGAUAAACAUGGAAAAGAGAUCAAGCGAAAGGCAAAUGGUAAAAAAAUACCACAAAAGACAUUACGAUAUUUUCCUCUUAAGCCACGAUUGCAAAGGCUUUACAUGUCUUCGAAGACAGCUUCUGAUAUGAGAUGGCACCAUGAAAGACAAGUUGAGGACGGAGUGAUGAGGCAUCCAGCUGACUCUAAGGCUUGGAAAAACUUUAAUGAGCUACAUGAAAGCUUUGCCGAAGAGCCCCGAAAUGUUAGGCUCGGUCUUGCAAGUGAUGGUUUCCAACCUUUCACAAAUUCAAAAGUUUCUUAUAGCAUAUGGCCCGUUUUACUUGUACCAUAUAACUUACCACCAUGGAUGUGCAUGAAGCAAUCUAAUUUUAUUUUAUCUAUGCUCAUUCCUGGUCCAACUGGUCCUGGAGAUGCUAUUGACACAUACUUACAACCAUUGAUAGAAGAACUAAAGGAGUUGUGGGCCUCAGGCGUUCGAACAUAUGAUGUAUCUCUGAGACAGAAUUUCAUUUUACGUGCAGCACUAAUUUGGACUAUUAAUGAUUUUCCUGCUUAUGCAAAUUUAUCUGGAUGGAGCACUAAGGGGAAAUUAGCAUGUCCUUGUUGUAAUAAGCACACUCACUCUAUCAGGUUAAAAUAUGGAGGCAAGCAGAGCUAUAUGGGGCAUCGUCGCUAUCUUGAUGAAAAUCACAGUUGGAGAAAGGAUAAGAAAUCAUUUGAUGGCACUAGGGAGAGAGGUUAUGCAGCGCCGAAGCUGAUAGGAGAUGACAUCCUUAAGCAGGUGGAGGAUCUUAUAGGGAUCACCUUGACCAAUCAUCCAGAGAAGAAAAUUAAAAUAUCACACGAAAGACGGGGAGAUAAUUGGAAUAAAAAAAGUAUUUUUUUUGAUUUGCCAUAUUGGAGAACUCUCUUAUUGCGACAUAAUUUAGAUGUCAUGCAUAUUGAGAAGAAUAUUUGUGAUAGUCUGCUGGGAACAAUCAUGAACAUUAAAGGAAAGACAAAGGAUAAUAUCAAAGCCCGUCUCGAUUUACAAGCAAUGAGUUUAAAACCGGAGUUACAUCCAAUCCAGAGAGGAGAUAAACUUGUGAUGCCAGCAGCUUGUUAUACUUUAUCCCAAGAAGAGCAAAGCAAAUUUUGUCGAUUUCUAAAGGAGUUAAAAGUUCCAGAUGGAUUUUCAUCCAAUAUUUCUCAAUGUGUAAAUCUUAAAGAGCGUAAGAUUUUGGGGUUAAAGAGUCAUGACUGUCACGUUCUUUUGCAGCGCUUGAUUCCUGUAUCGAUUCGUGGCCUUCUUCCUGCAAAAGUGUGUGAACCAAUUAUUGAACUUUCCAUAUUCUUCACUAUAUUAUGUGCCAAGACAUUAAGGGUGGAUGAACUUAAGCAAAUUGAUGAGCAGAUUCCACUUACGUUAUGUAAGCUUGAGAAGAUUUUUCCACCUUCAAUUUUUGAUGUUAUGCUGCAUUUAGUAGUUCAUUUAGCAUCUGAAGCCAUACUUGGAGGGCCUGUUCGAUUUCGAUGGAUGUACCCAGUGGAGCGUCAGCUUUAUACUUAUAAGUCAUAUAUCAGAAAUAGGGCACGUUCAGAAGGGUCAAUUGGUGAAUGA